AUGACAGAAGUGGAUAUCUCAGGUUACCUAUUGCAAGCAGUCCUGGGCACAACAGUGAUCCCAUUAUGUGGGCCUGGUGAAAUGGAGAACUGCACAACAGCACUAAUCCAGACAGAGAACAGUCCACGUGUGGCUCAAGUUGGGAUAACUAGAUGCAAGCCUGAAAUGAAGGACUACUGCUUCCACGGACAGUGCGUGUACGUAGUGGACUUGGAUGAGCACUAUUGCAGGUGUGACGUGGGAUUCUCUGGUGUCCGGUGUGUGCAUUCAGAACUUGUCAGACAACCCCUCAGUAAGCAGUACGUGGCACUGACCGUUAUCGUCGUUCUGCUUUUCCUCGCUGCCAUCUCCAUUGCAAGCUACUACAUCUGCAGAAGGUACCGAAACAAGAAGAGACAAAUGAACGCCAGCGAAUACAAGGAAGUUGGUGCCCUGUAGAAGAAACGGUGGCUUCCUACAGUGUUCUGUUCACCUGGAUGGACUCGGUGCCUUCCCAUCUAUUUAAAUGUUAUUUUUAUUAAAAAUAUUUACAAUAUUUAUAUCCUUUUAAAAAUUUCAGUUGUUUGGUGAUCAAAUUAGUAUAGGUCAAGCAUUUUAUUUUCAGUGUUUUAUUUUUUUAUUAAAUAAUAUUUCCUAAUGAGAACCUCACCUAAGGGGUUCUGUGGGAUAGAGAUAUAUUUUUAUAAAAACUCAUCUUCUUACUCUGAAGAGUAAUUUUAUAUUUAUUCUUGUGAAUAUGCUCAAAACAAUUCUACUCCUUGAAAUAAAAGUUCUAGACAAAGUCAAAAC